AUGCUCAGAAAGUCUGGAACGGAGAACGGAGGUGCAAGCUUCUUGACAAAUGCUAGCUUCAACGGAGCGCAUGACAAAGUGUUACAACUUCUCACCGAUGUUGCACCUUGGGAUACGCGCUGGCAUAGUAUGCUCAAGAUUGACUUGCGAGGGAGACGGGCGGACACCUUGUUGCGAUUGAAUGAAUUCUUGCCGAAACUUUCCGAGGCUUUGCUUGAUGACAAUGAAAUUGAAUAUCUCACCGGUCUUCCCAGCACAUUACGAUACCUUUCUAUCUCUCGGAAUCGGUUGCCUUCAACUGCUGCUUUUGGACAUCUUGAAAAUUUGGAAACACUUGACGUAUCGGAGAACAAUAUUGAUCUGAGAGCAUUGCGUACUCUGCAUCAAUUGAAACAUCUUCGUGCCAAUAGCAAUCGCAUCACGACCAUAGAAGGAAUUCAAGAUUUGGAAAAGCUCGAAACGCUCCAUCUACGUGGUAAUGGGUUGGAUGAACUGGAGAUUCAACCAGGACAAUGGCCUUGCUUGCGAGACCUCGUUCUUUCUCAUAAUCGUCUUUCUGAAGUAGUUGGUUUGGGCAAUCUAGCACGCCUUCGCAGCCUCAAUCUUGAUCACAAUCGAUUACAAGAUCUUGACUUGGGAUUCACAAUGCCCAAAUUGAAGCAGCUUCGCGUGAGUGGUAACAAGUACCUAUCUUCACUUGAUGUUGGACCAGCACGCAAUCUACGUACCUUGUAUGCAGAUGAAUGCAGUUUGAAAGAAGUACUGAACAUCGGCACUUUGACAAAAUUGGACAACCUCAGUUUGCGACAACAGAAUGGAGAUGGUGAAUUGCAAUGGCCAGUUCAUGAUACAAGAGAUGUGAAGAGGUUGUUUCUGUCAGGGAACGCAUUCCCUGCAGUGGCAAUAAUCACGCCAUUCUUUGGAUUGGUGUAUUUGGAAUUGUCUGGUUGUCAAUUAACGUCUUUACCGGGAGAUUUGGCGAUGAUGGUACCCAAUUUACGCCAGCUUAAUGCCGACUACAACCCACUUGAAUCUCUCCCUCCAAUGAACAAGAUGAGCAGGUUGAAAAGAUUCAGUUUGAUCGGUUGUCGCAUUGAUCGAAGCAGUAAACUUAUCGAAAGUUUAGAAGGAUGCGAAGAAUUGAAUUUGCUCGAUUUUCGAAUGAAUCCAUGUACACUAGGAUUAUACCCGCCCAUCAUA